GAAUACAGCGCCUGGGAGUCCAGAGGUCCGAGACUGCCCCCCCUCCUUCCCACUCCUGAAACUAAAAAGGAGGAGGAGAAUAGGAGGUCCGCUCUCCUCCCCUCUCCACGGAGAGCCUGGAAGAAUUGCGCUCCGUCCGUGCGCCCUGCCUUGCCAGUCGGAGGAUGGGGAUUUUUUUCCAUUCAUCCACGUCCCCUUUUCCCCUCCUCAUCCUCCGCCUCCUCUCAAACAAGCCAGUCGCUCUGUCAGUGCGCUGCGAGCAUUAGGGCGAGUCAAACCGGUGGGAUUUUGAGGCGCACAGACGGAUGAGAUAACUGCACGGAGCGCGCUCCUCGGGCCGUUUCGUUUCUGCGCUCCGUCGGAAAGACGUCCGUUUCCAGGCGGGACCGAUGUCCACUGAGUCGCAUCUUUAUUUUUCUUCACCACUUCACAAGUUUCACGCCGGCCUGUGUGUGGCAUCGUUAGGAGGGACUCGCUUUUCUAGCUCUUUGGCUUGUUCGUGUCAGUUUUUUUGUCCUCUGAAUUUGCUCUCGGAUUAAUUUUCGAGCUGGAUCUUGGUUUCCUUUGUUUUUCUUUCUCUUGAAACGAACAUAUUUUGUGGAUUUACUGCCUCUGCAUUUUCUGGCAAAAAAGAGAGAAAGGAUUGUACUUGACUCCCUGAGCAUCAACACGUCUUUUUUUUGGUAUGAGGAUGGAGCUGUGGAUACAAGUGGCAUCUUUCUCAUUUUAAACACAUUCCCAGCUGUUUUUAUUACUCUUUUGUCUUCGUCUCCUAAACAAAGUGACCAUAUUUAAAUUCAGCGGAGCCAGAUAUGCUCGGACGUGAGAGAACAAGGUAAUGGGAGAGAAAUCAGACAGAGAGAGCCAAAGAGAACAAGGGAACGUUGUUCAGCGAGGAAAACAGACAAUUAGGGCGCACAGAAAAGGCUUCAGAAUCUGCUUUCUGGAGGCGAUAAUCUAUUAAAAUAUCCAAUUCAGUGGAGAUCUGCUUGAGCCCUAGUGUGUGUGGGUUUUUUUUUUUUAAAAAAAGAAACUGUUUCUGGUGAGAAAUUAAUGGGGAAGUCAUGGGAAUGGCUCUGAAAUAGUGCGCAGAAGAACCUGUCGAUUUGGAGAUCAGGACGCACGGAUUGAACAAGUUUCUCCUCCAGCAUUCAGCAUUUCGGAUCCAUGUGGUUUUGCGUGGCUGGCUUUUUAAUCCCACUUUAACUCUUUAUGCCUUUAAUCCUGAUCGGUUGAUCCAUUGUUUUAAAGCGACUAGCUGCAAAAAAAGGAAGACACAUUUUUUUUAAAAAAAAAGCAGCUCUGCGAGCCUCUCCGGCGAUUAUUGUUGCUUUCUUUUCGAUGGGGCCGCACAUGCUGGGUGUCAGGGUUGAGAUGGCGUGUCGAAGGAGCGGGAAUGGAUUGUGGGUCCUGCUGGUAUUCCUACUGGAUUUACUGGGAACCACCGCCAGCAACAUGGAGCCCAUCUACUGGAAUUCCAUGAACGAAAGGUUCAGGGACGACAAGGGCUACGUUCUCUACCCUCAGAUCGGGGACCGGCUGGACCUCAUCUGCCCCCCGCUGGACACGGCCCGCUCCACGCCGGAGUACGAGUUCUACAAGCUCUACCUCGUGUCGUCGCGGGAGCAGGCGGACCGCUGCGAGGUGAUGGGCGCGCCCAACAUCGUGCUGACGUGCGACGAGCCAACGCGGGAGCGCCGCUUCACCAUCAAGUUCCAGGAGUUCUCGCCGAACCUCUGGGGCCAUGAGUUCAAGAGCCUGCACGACUACUACAUCAUCGCCACGUCGGAUGGGACGCGUCAAGGCCUGGACAGCAUGAGAGGAGGCGUGUGCGCUACGAAAGGCAUGAAGGUGGUCCUGAAAGUGGGACAGAGCCAGUACGGACUGCCCCCAAAGAAGGACCAGCCAGCGGGACGCACGACCAGCAGAAUCCCAGGUGGAAACUCCACCCAGCCUCGAGGGCCCUUUGGAGAUGGAGGCAACGGUGAAAACGGACCGCUCGAGUCAACCAACAUCGCCUUCAUCGCUGGUGUCGCAGGAGGCUCCGCCUUCCUCCUGCUGGUCACUGCCGUGAUCUGUGUCGUGUGCUACCGCCGGAGGCACGCCAAGCACUCCGACACGCACCACCCUCCUCUGUCGCUCUCGUCCCUCACCAGCCCCAAGCGCGGUGGAGGCGGCGGCAUCACCAGCUCCAACAACAACGGCUCAGAGCCCAGCGACAUCAUCAUCCCCCUGCGGACGUCGGACUCGGCCUACUGCCCGCACUACGAGAAGGUGAGCGGGGACUACGGGCACCCCGUCUACAUCGUCCAGGAGAUGCCGCCUCAGAGCCCGGCCAACAUUUACUACAAAGUAUGAGACAGCCGUCUGGACACACUCGCCUUCCUUCAACCACGACCAGCCAAUCACACCCAACAUCUCCCAAAUGAAGCCACUACAGAAUCUGCCAUCAUAGCUCCAAACUGGAUCGCCUCAGUAGUACCAGUAUUGUCUGUCGGAAACCCCCCCCCCCCCUACUUUCCCUGGCCACUGUUGUGUUUCUAGCUGAAUAAACCCCCCUUCCUUCCAUAACCCUAUUUCACACAACUGGGCCAUGAAGUGUGAGUAAGGGGUUAUGUUGUAACCGCACAUAACCCUUCCUAACAAGGCCCUCAUGAUUGGGCAAGAGGCUCUGAAUUCCCUCGUCUUGUUAUCUCAGAGCUAAAUGAGCCCCCCACCCUUUAACGUGCCACACACUUUUUUUUAAGAGUGUGAACAUGGUGUUGGGAUGUUUUAAAAGAAAAAAAAAGACUGAAAGGACUUUGAAAAGAGGACUACGCUCCUGGACCCACUUGGCACCAACGAACUCUGAUUCUCAGAGAGCCACACCCGCCUUGCCCACCACCCCACCCCCAUUUUAGAUCUCUAUCAUCCAAUCAGAGACGAGCCCCUUGCCGCUAACUCGACAAUAGCCUCCUAGUUUGUUCGUGUUUGUUUCAAUCGAGAAAACAGGCUUGGGGGGGGGGGCCUCGGACUCACACCCUGAGCCGACACCGGAUCCCCGGACGAGGUCUGACCAAUCGGUGACUCUCAGAAUCGUGUAUAUUUUAAUAAAGCGUGUGUUUGUGUGACUGUGCGCGAGCGUGCAAAACAGUUGGGUAAUAAUUAUGGCGAUGCUGCUGCUGCUCCACAUUAGAGUGCAGUUAGUGUGCUUCAGCAAGUUUGCAUACAUGUGAGUGUGUGUGUGCUUUUCUGUGUGUGGGCGUGCGUGAGUGUGUGUGUUCUUUAGACUUGUCUUAAAUACCAAAACACAAAAUAGUGAGCGAAUAUCAAAAAAGUGAGAUUUUUUAUGGCUAUCAACACUUAUAGAUUAUAUAUAUGAAUAUCCAGUAAAUAAUUUCUAGAUGUUUUUUAUUGGUUUAUUAUUUUUACCCACUCUGUUAAACUACACUUCUGUUUCUAAAUGUUUUCAUUUGCUUUUUAUUUUUUGCUUAUUUCCUGCCCUUUUGCCUUUAUAUUUUACAGUGCCUUGCAAAAGUAUUCAUAUCUCCCAAAUGGUUUCACGUUUUGUCACGUUACAACCAAAGACUUCAACGUUUUUGUUAUGUUUUUAUGAAAAUAGACAAACACAAAGGGCUGCAUAAUUGAGAAGGGGAAGAAAAAGGAAGCAAUGUGAAGAUUCUGGCAUUUGUCUGUAUUCAGCCUCAAUUACUCAUAUUAAAUAAAAUGCAGAACAACCCGUUUUAAGCCCCAAACAGAUUUUCCUCCAGUGUUGCUCCGUGUUCAUCACCAUCCAUCUUCCCACAAAAUGCAUCCCCAUCCCAGUGUGCAAAUGGGACGUCUUGUGUUUUCACUCUUCCAUAGAAACCAGUAACUUAAUAAGGAUCAAUAGUGCAGUAAAGUUUUGCAGCCAUUAAUAUAAACCUUUUGCCACUAAUGUUAGUCACAUAACCAAUGUUCUCUUUCUAAAUUUAAGCACGUUCCAUUAUGUGCUCUAUCCACCAAAAGCACCAAUUUAAUUAAAUUGUAUUCACAUAUCUAGGCAAACAAUAAAUAUGACUGUACCAUUGCCUACUUCCAUUUCUGACUAUCAAGCUGCACAAAAACUGCAAAACCAGACAACUGCACAAAAAAACUGCAAAAAAUUUCCAAGAAAUGCACACCUAUAUGCGUAUCAUUGCAUGUACCAGCUGCAGGUAUUACAGUUUGCAAUUCUUAAAUCUAUGUAAAUAAACUGUAUAGAGGGGACAACUGUCCGUUUGUUGUUCAGUAUUCACACAUUACUGUAUAUUUGGUGCACAAAGAAGCUCACACACAUAAACUUAUUAAAAUAGGCAGUUAUAAGCAUCUUCAGAAGGAGGUUUCAGAAAUUUUAGCUGUUCGCGGGCAGCAGUGUUUGGCUGUAACAACUUUAUUGGCAAAAUAUUAUAUUGAUGGCUCAAAAACUGCAAUACACUACUGGCAAGUUAUUGGCCAAACUUAAUGGGAAAAAAUUAUUAUGUUAUCGAUCAGCAUUAUAUCGCUGGUAAGCAAAUUGAGGAGUGCGUGGCUAAUAGUUGUCUUGUCGAUUCUGUAAAAGAAUUAAAGAGAAAGCUACGCAGCUUGACUUUGAAGGUGAUUGGGUUCACAAGCAUGCAGUACUUUGUACUGGUCAACUGAAAUCCCAAUAAAAUGUGUUGAAGUUUGAGGUCGUGUUGUGACAAAACGUGAAAACGUUCCAAGCGGUAUGGAAACGUUUGCAGGAUGCUGUACAUUAACUAAAUCCCUUGUUUUUGGAAGUUGUUUCUCUGUUUUCAUUCUCUCCCUCCUCCUCCCGCCCGAGGUCAACUCUGUGUAUAUUUUUAUAGCUCAUCGUACUAUGCUGUAGUUUUGAGGUCUAGACCUCAUUUUUGUGGAAGUGUUGAGGUAGAACCAUCAAUGAAAGUUUUUCUGUUAUUUUUUUCUUUCAUUUUAAAAGGCAGACGUAAAAGAAGCUGGGGUGGGGGUGGUGGCGAUGGAGGAUGGGGAAGGGGAAAGGUAAAGAGAGAGAGAGGACAAAAUGAAAAAAAGAAGAACAAAGAAGAGAGAAAGAGCGCUGUCUCGGGAGGAGGAAUAAAGCGGCGUUUGAAUGCAGAACUUUAAGGAAAAGAAAAAAACGAGCGGGAGGAAGAUGAGGGAAGACGAGACUGUGAAGGAAACAGGAAAAAAUAGGAGCAGCAGAAGUAGUAGAUGAAGGAUCCAGUGGAUAUAAGGAAGGAAGGAAGGAUGGACGGACAGACGGACGGAGAGCACAUGAAAAAGUGGCUGGCGAAGAGGAGAAACCUCUGAGGUGCUGGACUGUCAGCGAAAAAAAGAGAGAAAAAUCCCGCAAAAAAAUGGAUUUUCAGAGGAGUUGAACUCUACGCGCACGCAAAACAUCCACACGCACACACACAUCCACUGUGACUCCGGCACGUUUCGGAUGCGUUCCUCUCUUUCUCCCGCCAAAAUCUUGUGUUGAAACGCGCGCACACACACACACGCCCUCUCUCAGAUCUCACACAGUUUUUUAACGACUGCCGAGCAACAUCCUGCAAACACGCUCACCCACACUCAACAUAAAAAAUGUUGCUUUCGUCUGAUCUGUGUUCCCGUGAAUCACCUGACGGACGGGGAAGGGAUUUAAGGAAAAAAAAAAAAAAAAGAUUGAUUGUGCUGUGUUUUCCACCCUCCUUCACACACACAAAUACAUACAUAAACACACACCAGUGCCCUGCACCUCAACCUCAGAGAGCAGCAGCCCGUCGCUGUGUGGGGAGGUGCUUUAUGUUCACCUUGUGCAUACUAAUAAAGCUGUUUUUGUGUUGCUCAGACAUGUUUUUUGGCUUAUGUGUAAAACCGCGGAGAGCUUAUGCUUUUUCUUUUUUCUUUUCAACUUUGUGCAGACACACGAAGACUCCAGUGUUAUUGCCAUGUUUCCUGUGUGAAGCCAGUGUUAAGAAUCUGAACCUUUCCACAUUUCUCAGCCGUGUUUCUGUAUCGGUAUCAUAUAAUCUUUCAUACCUAAGUGUCGCAUUCGUCUAAAAUGACUUUGUUCCACACAUGACGAUGUUUCUUUUUCUUUUUUUUUAAUACCACGGAGGAGUUUGGAUUGUAUUUUGACUGUAUUAAAAUUGAUUUUGAAAAAACAAAAGACAGAGAGAGGGGGGAAAAGCACCUCAAAUUCUCCUUUUUUUUGUACAAUUACCAAUAAUUUGUGUUUCCUUUUUUAAUGUAUAAUGUUUAUUUAAGUACUUUAAAAAAAAUCCUCCAAGCCAAAUGAAGUGUCUGUUAUUCUCUGGAAGUCUAAAAUUUGACUAAGAAAGGGGGAACGGUUAAAAUUUCUGAACUCAAAUGAAACAAAAAGUUCACUUUCUGGUCUAUUUUCCUCCUUUUUUCCUCUCAGCAGAAUGUCAGCUGCAGUCUAAUCAAAAGUUUACAUUCGUCUUUCAUCGGUUUUCAUGUGAUGAUCAGUGAUUUCAGUGGUUUGAACCAUUCCUCUUUGGGCUGGAAUGAUGAUGUGACAUGCACCUUCAAACAAUUGAUACAAAGGUAAUUUACAUGCACUGGUUUGAAAUCUUCACCUUCACAUCAUCCACUUGUCAAUCUUUGUCCUUUGUGACAAAUAAUAUUUCUCAAUAAGGACUUUGGUGUGUCCCUCAUGAGCAGCUGUAAAUUUAAGUUGAACUUAGAGGUGUUGGUUUUAACAACGCAAUUUCCAGGCGUUAUUAUGAAGCCAAAUUUCUUUAAGUCACAUCUGACAACGUUAUAAAAACUGAAGGUAAAAUAGUCACUUGAUUAUGCUAUAAAAUGGCACUAUGUGGCUGGAGGACACACCUUUUAAAUUAACUCUAUAAAAGGAACUGUCAAAUAUCCAGCAAAGAUUAUGCAAGAGGCUUUCUGGCUCUUACAAACGGCUGUGAUUGAGGUAGAAUUUGCUAAGGGAGAUUUAACCAAAUAUUAGUGGAUUUGAAUGUAUAUAUUAAAGCCUGAACAACCACAACAAAUCCAGAUUUUGGCACCCAUUCCUUGUUUAAAAAAAAAACAUACGUUGAAUAAUCAUUCCAAGUUGAAAAAAGGAAGGUUCAACUGCAUCAUUAAAAGUAAACAAUUUGCUUAAAUUGAACCCCAAUGACAACUUCAUGUAAACUUUUGAGCAGAGCUGCACCUUUUGGACUCGGUUCUUCUUUUCCUUUAUCUUCAUGAAGAUGUUAUAUAUCAAAGUUGUGUCGCUGGCUCUCACUGUUUCUCAAGUUUUCUAAGAAAAGAAGAAAAAAAAAAGAAGAAAAACCUCGGACCCAGCCCACGUUUUUUUUUUUUUUUUUUUUGAAAAACAGAAAGAAAGUGCUGUUUCUGUGGUGCAGAGGAGACAGAGAGAGAGAGACGGACAAAAAGAAAACCGCUGCCUCACCUCCCCGUUGGUAAAAACUGUGUGUAUGUGCAUAAAACGUGCGUGAGCUUCUUUGUGCCAAUAGCCGGCGAGCGGAGGCCGCCGGUCGACGCGGCGCUCCUAUGUGACGUGUUGCGACUUUGUAUUUUGGGGACAUCUCUGUGUGAAAAGGGUUGUGUUUUUUUUUCUUCCUCUGUUUGUCCUCUCCUCUCUUCCUUCCUCUCCUCCCCUACUCAUCACCACAUCCCCUUCCCCAUCUCCCUUUCUUUACUCUGCCCGCCCUUUCCCCUUCCAACACACCUCUAAACGAGAGGAAAAAUUAGUACAUUCCUGGUUUGGAAAAAAAAAAAGAGAAAAAAAACGAUUGAAUAAAAAAACAAACAAAAAUGUUUAAGCACCA